AUGCUUCCCGAUCCAAUCAAGGUCAAGAUCCCGACGUCCUACGAGACUGUGCCGGUCAAGGAUGUCAAAGUAUCACAUUAUCCCGAAGGAGCACCUGAAGCUACUCCUGUGGUAGUGGUGACUUUGAAUCGUCCACAACAAGGCAAUGCCUUUACUCUCCAGAUGAUGCAUGACUUCGAAUUGAUCUACCCGAUGUUUGACCUGGAUGAGAGAGUCAAGUGUGUCGUCAUUACUGGUGCCGGAAAGAUAUUUUGUGCCGGAGCGGAUUUGGACAUUGGAUUCCCUAGCGGUGGAGACAGAGAGAGGAUUGUGGAUCAUCGGGACAGUGGUGGUCGACUCAACCUCUGCAUCUAUCGAUGUCGAAAACCGACCAUUGUCGCUCUCAACGGAUCAGCCGUCGGUCUUGGAAUGACCUUGGGUCUUUCAGCCGCUAUCAGAAUUGCCCACGCUUCUUCCAAGUAUGGCUUCGUCUUUGCCCGCCGUGGAAUCACGAUGGAAUCGAAUUCUUCCUUCUUCUUGCCAAGGCUCAUUGGCUAUUCAAAUGCCCUCUACCUCCUCACCACCGGAGACGUAUAUCGCGGAGAUUCGAAACAUUUUGGAAGUUUGUUUCAAGAAGUGAUCGAAGAUCAAGCUGGCGUUCUGAAGAGGGCGUUGGAAUUAGCCACAACCAUUGUCGAAAAGACAAGUGCGCUCGCCGGAUUCAUGAAUCGAGAGUUGAUGUGGAGAGGCAAGCCUUCAGCCGAAGAGACCCAUCUUUUAGAUAGUGCUGUUCUUUAUCACAUGUUCGCCAACCGUGAUUGCCAGGAAGGUGUACAGAGCUUCCUCGAGAAACGACCGGCGAAAUUUUCGGCAACUCUGGAGCAAGAUGGGCCACCAAUCUAUCCGUGGUUCCAAGAGGUGGACACCGGAUCAAGACCCCGCGUCGAGCCUUCUAGCAAGGCGAAGCUCUGA